UCCCAGGGUCCCCCCCAUCUCUCCCCUUUCUGCCCCGCCCCUCCUCCCUCUCCACCCUGCCGUGGCAAACGCUCACUGACGCGCACCAGUGCAGCCGCCAUCCACGCUCACAGCGCGCUCCCCAGCCCGUGUACUUGGAGAAAUAACAGCGCGCGGAGCGGAGACCUGACCGGAUAUGUGCUGCGAUUACUAACAGAUGGAUCCAGUUGGGUUUUCGCCCUGAUUGCUGAAACACUUUCAGCUCCUUCCUCCGGAGCUGUCUGCGCCUCCCUCGGAUUUUGGGGAGGUUUUUUCUUUUCUUUUCUUUUUUCUUUACCAUUCCCUGUCUGGAUGUUUAUGGAUGACAGUUCCGUUCCACCCCACGUCCACAUGACUGAACCAGGGUGCAAACGGAGACGUCUCUCCCCACUCGGGAAGACCCACGGCUAAAGUUUGAGGGGGUGCUUUUGCGCGUCCGGCCGCGCGCUGGAUUUGCAGCCAACAAUAAAUUGCUUCACAAAGCGGAUAUCGUCUCUGUCCCCCCACCGUGGGAGUCAUUUGGAUUUAUAGUGCUCCUGGAUUUCAGGCUGGUCUAAAUCAUGAGGACCGUCGUUGUUAAUGGGGGGCGACUCCUUUUUCUGGUGAUGUGGCUGAAUCUUCUGACUCAAGCUGAAAGCUGUCCUGCCAAGUGUGUGUGUUACAGUGAGCCCAGACUCACUGUGGCUUGCCAACAACAAGGACUGUUUUCCAUCCCGACUGAUAUCCCUGUACGGAGCCAACGAAUAUUCCUCCAGAGCAACAAGCUGACAGUGGUGAGGUCCACCAGUUUCAGUUUGUGCCAUAACCUCACUGUUCUCUGGCUCUACUCCAACAACAUCAGCUACAUUGAGGCCGGGGCCUUUAUUGGCCUGGAGAAACUGGAGGAACUGGACAUUGGAGACAACAGCAAUCUCCGCACCAUCAGCCCGACAGCCUUCCGGGGCUUAACUAAACUGCACACCCUCCAUCUGCACAGAUGCGGCCUGUCAGAACUUCCUGAAGGAGUUUUCCGAGGAAUGUUUUCUCUGCAGUACCUUUACCUGCAGGACAACAUCAUUCUGACUCUGCACGAUGACACAUUCCUAGACCUUGCCAAUCUCACCUAUCUGUACCUCCACAAUAACAAAAUCAAGAUAGUGACAAACAACAUGUUUCGGGGCUUAGUCAACCUGGACCGGCUGCUCCUGCACCAAAACCAUGUCAUUUAUGUGCAGCCACAAGCUUUUGGUGAUCUAAAAAAUCUGAAGUCCUUGUUCUUGUUCUUCAACAACCUUACAGUCCUGACAGGAGAGACUAUGAGCCCUUUGGUUUCCCUCCAGUACUUGCGGUUGAACGGGAAUCGCUGGAUCUGCGACUGCCGGGCAAGGACAUUAUGGGAGUGGUUCAAACGUUUCAAAGGUUCCAGCUCUGAUUUGGAAUGCUACCUUCCCGAGUCUUUGGCUGGAGAGGACCUGAAGCGACUGAAAAGGGACAGCUUGGAAGGGUGUGUGGAAAUGUCACAAAUCCAAACAAACCUCUUCAUUUCUGAGCCACAGUUGGGCAAUUUCCUCUCUACUGAAAGCCCUUUGGAAGAUACCAUUCCCUCAUGUUGUCUUGGAGAUAGUGAUAAGUCCUCUAUUGUUUCUGGAAAGAGUCGCCAAAUUACUAACAACCCUCAUAAGGAAAAGGAGAACAUGUCCAAGACCAAGUACAAGCAACAGGAAAGAACGAAAAACGAGACCCAAAACAAGCAGAAUGAUGGGCCGCUGGGAACCUUGUCUAACUCUCUGGACAAGUCAUUGGAAGACCUAACCCCGGAAUUUAUAGAUAAUCCAGAGUCGUCUACAGCAUCAAACAAAAAGAAAAAGAAAUGUUCCAAAAAGCCCAAAUCAGACACCCACUGCAUCAGAAGCCAGGGCUCAAAUUCACAGAUGCUGUUGUUCCUCAUCAUUCCCAUGACCUGGAUAUCUCUAACCAUGUCUUAAGGGCCGCCAUCCAGCCACUCUGCACACAGGACUCAAGAAUGUCGAUGCUAAUGACAAUGAUACGGAAGAUGCAGUGACAUUUCCAACAGGCAGUGACUGAGAAGGGAGGAGUCACACUGACCCAGCAUUGCUGGAGACAAACAGUGAUGGAGACGUAAGAGUACAUUAAACAAAAUGGAUGCCUUUACAGAACACUACAGAUCUUGUGUAAAUAAUGACUUGGUGCCCAAAAUUGUUUGUUCUCUAUGUACUCAACUGUACUCUGUCUGAGCUACACUUUGAAAAUUCCUACCUUUUCCCUCUCAAAAGCUUUGAUAGCUUAGACAGACCACUGGAGGACAAAACAACAAUAAAAAGAAUAAUAAAAAAAGGAAGGAAAUGAGCGUCAGAAUGCACACAAAGAAUGUUAGGUCUGUUUAAUAUAGAAAAAAAAUCCCCUUAUCAUUUAUUCAGUCAUACAUUUGUUGGGUAAUGUUUUUUUAUGUUUAUAAGAAGAUGUUUUACCUCCAAAAGUUUUAGUUUUGUUUUCAUGAAAGAAAUGAUAUGUGGGCUGCAUUUUCUAAAACAAUGCAGCCCAUUUGUUCAUGGAGACUGCAAUGGAACUAUAGAUAUGCAUUUUAUUUUGUUUGUGUAAAAGUAUGGAUAUAUUAUGAAUAAAAGUUUUUAUUUCAUACAUCC